AUGGCGUAUAUUGGUCCAACCUUACCGCCUCAUUUAGCUAAAAAAAUCGUAAUUGGGCCGGUAAUUCCCGGGCAAGACGAGGAAUCCCGAGAAAACGAAGAAGAAGAGGAACAGCCGCCAUUUGUGAUUGGGCCAAUCAUUCCACAGGCUCUUUUGAAUCCCGUUAAAUAUUUCGACGAGGAAAUUAAAGAGAAAGAUGAGAAACAACAUGAAGAAGAAGAGGAAGAAGGCGAAGAUGUUGGGCGUUGCUACGGACCAACACUUCCGUCCAAUUUCGAGCCAUGCGCCGGCCCUUCUCUUCCACCAGGAUAUGAUUCAGAUGAGGAGGAUAUUGGUCCUCGUCCAAUCGCUAAAGGUACUGAAGAGCAGGAAGAGCUUCAACGACUCUAUCGUAUUGCUGUUGCACGAGAAGCCGAGGAACAAGAGAAGAAUGCGCAACCGAAACGUGAAGAAUGGAUGACAUCUGUGCCGAAAACGCUUGGCAAUAUUGGAUUGGGAGCCAGAACGUUUAAGAAGGGAACAGCUGUUGAGAGGGAUUCGACAUGGGAAGAUGUUCCAGGAGCCAAAAAACGAAAAGCUGAAGAAAAACUUGUAAUUGCUCCAGGCAUCGCUGAAUCCGAUGCUCGUCAAGCCGCAAUUGUUGAAGAAAAAGCCGCAGGCCCAACUCUUGUAGAAAUGUACCAGAAAAAACGAAGAGAAGAAGCUCCAGAGGCGUACAAUCCAAAUACGCGUCGGCCAUUCGAUCGCGAGAAAGACAUGGAAGUUCGUGGCCUAAAACCUGGAGCCAGUAAAGAAGCUGUAGAUAGGUUGAAAGAAUUCGCUUCAAGAUUCUCCAAUAGCAAAACUCAACGAUUUCUUUAA